AUGCCGACGGAGGAGGCAGCCGCGCCUCGUGAUACGCAGGAGGAUGGGUCCCUGUCAUUCACCGGCCUAUAUGCGAUAUCUACCAUGUUGAAUCACCCGUGGAAGAAGGCUGCGCCGAUCCACGCAGGCUCGGCGAGGUUUCCGCCCAUCGGUCCCGCGAGUGGACAUGCAUUGCCACAGAUGCCGCCGACGGACAUGCACGUUCUGGAUGAGUAUGUGUCCGAGUUUUCCGACGAGUGGAAUAGGUAUGAACGUGAGCAUGCGCUCAUCCGUGCUCACAAUGCAACGCCGAGUGCGCUUCCCAAGCAUCUGCCGCCCCUGAGCACUGUGCCGCAGGUGUUUUUCAGCAGCGACUUUGACCUCGGGCAGCCAUACACGUUCGACCUCGUGACUGAGCGGUACAAGCAGUCGACUACUAUGGGCAUCGAAGGUGAUGCGGAUGUAUUGCAGUAUGGCGUCGUGAUGAACCACAUGCUGCAGGAGAAGCUGAGCUACUAUUCGGACGUGAUUGAGCAGCAUCUCAUUGUGGAAAUCGGAGCCAAGAGCGCAUCAUUCUUUGAUGCACUUGCUACGCUGCAUCAGCUUCGUACUGACGCCCAAUCAUGCCUCGAGCGCACCCACUCAGUCUCUCGAAAGCUCCAUGCGGUUGACGCAUACGUCCGUGACGGACUCGAGAUUGCUCGACUGCAAGCUGAGCGCCGAGACCUCGAGGCCCAACAAGAUCUCCUCACUCAGGUACAGAAGCUAUUAGAGCGGCGCGAUCUAGUACGGUUGUCUGUUCAGCACGACGAGUUUGAGAAUGCCAUGACCCUGCUCGAGGAUUUGUACCGUGUCCUGGAUGAUGCGAGUUUGCCAUUGCACCAACUCGAAUGCCUCAAAGGAAUCCGGCCGCAACUCGAAGCUGAGCAAGGCAAAAUGUCUGAGUGUCUUCAAGGGGAUCUGGCUGGCAUACUCGAGCGCGCGUUGUGGGCGGACGACAUGGAUGUGGGAUGUGUGCAGGCUACGUCGGCUUUGGACAGCGUUCUUUCGCCGCCACAGACAAUGAACAUUACUUUACCCGCAGAUCUUUUGCCGGUCUGGUCGCUGCUUGAGCGUUGUGGUGGCCUCCCCGCUGCGCUUCAAAGCUACACACAGCGGAUCGACGACUUGCUUAUACGGGGCGUUCGGAGACUCGUUCAGCCCCAUGAUUUUGCCGCAUGUGCAGCGCCCGGCUCAGAGACGCCUCCCCGUACGUGGCCCGAGUAUAUGCGCGCACUCGCGGCGGUUCUGCGGGCCCUGUGGCUUUAUGCACAAUGCAUGCAGAGCGUGCACGAUGCACUAAAUCGUGAGGUCGGCCGGAACGUGUUGACGGACGCGACGCAAGCGAUUUGGUCGGCCUGUGAGCGUGUCACUGCGGAUGUGAUAUCGCUGACACGCGCGCCGCCCUUGUCACAGCUGGGACGGGAUGCCUUUAUUGUGUACUUUGCGCUUGUGUGGCGCAGUAUGCAGCAGAUUGAGGCGGCGUCAUCGCAACCGAGUGUUUCGCUACGGAGCCGUGUCUUGAGUCAGGCUAAGACGUACCUUAGUCAGUUUCACCGCGUGCGCGUUGAGCGGGCGGUGCGUGCGAUUGAAGACGAAGUAUGGACACCCAUACCUGUAUCAGCCGAGCUGCAGCACACCGUGCAACAACUUGUCGAGAUUGCCAGCAGUGAUGUGCCGACAUACUGCGUUCCAUUGACCCUCGACGGCGAGGCCCCUCACGACGCGGUGGUAGAGUCUGAGCAGCAGCGACAGCUCCUCGUUGGCAGCGACAGCUACUUUGUGGUGCGCGCAAGUGGACAAGUUAUUGAGCUCCUCAGCGACUACGCACGUGUCAUUGUCAAUAUGCCGACGUUUGCGGUCGAAGCACUCGGGUGGGUCGUCGAAUUUCUCAAGCAGUUCAAUUCGCGGACAUGCCAGGUCGUGCUGGGCGCCGGUGCGAUGCGCUCCGCUGGUUUAAAAAACAUCACGGCACGACACUUGGCUAUCGCAGCACAGUCGCUAUCGCUGAUGAUGGCGUUAGUGCCGUCGCUGCGUGAACUACUCAAGCGGCACUUGAAGCCGUCGCAGUUUGUGCUCUUGAGCGACUUUGACAAGCUGCAAAACGACUUCCGGGAGCAUCAGUACGAGAUCCAUGCCAAGCUUGUGUCGAUCAUGGGUGACCGAGUGCAAGUCCACAGCAAGGCGUUAGCAAACACGGACGUGAACAAGUGCGACGGUCAUCUCCAACCCAUACAGGAUCUCGUGCGCGAGACGGGCACUCUAUUUCGUGUCAUGACGCAGUUCCUUCAGCCUGCUGUCGUACAGACCAUCAGCACGCGUGUGUUUACGGACAUUGACAUGCGCAUGGCUCAUGCGAUCACGGCUGUUGACGUGCGUACACUAGACGCACAUAAGUUGCUCAUAUCUGACGUCGAACUGCUGAACGAAAAGAUGCAUGCGAUUGAUGCUUCAUGGCGCGGUGACAAGGUUACCGAAGCAGCUAAGGCAAAGAGGCCGCGCUUAUCGAUCGAUGCGCGCAGGGAAGGCACGCCUACCCUAGCCUACAAAGCACGUAAGAGUUUCGGAAAGCGGCCACCAGCUACUCAAUCUCCACAGAUUGAGACGAAUGAGGCAUUCCAAGCGCCUCCCGAGUCGAAACCAGCGGAGAAAGGGCAAGAUGAGGAAGCGAAGCAGAAGACCCCGCAACCAUCGAUACCUGAAAACAAAGCACCAAACGAGCCUGCCACAAACGAGCCUGCAGCAAACGAGCCUGCAGCAAACGAGGCCCAAGAGAGCGUGCCUAGCACCGAGGCUGAAAAUACGGCUGAAGGCAAGGCGGAAGACAAGGUGCUUUCGCCAUCCACCCCUGCUACACCUUCUGGACCCAAGUCCAACGCAGACGAACGUGUUGAGACUCCACUGUUGCCGUCGCAAGUGGUUGCAGGUAAUGCUCCUCUCGAAAAUGCGACGCCCACUAAGCCGAAAGAUGCAACUUUCACACCAACACCACGCAAAGGACGUGUGUCGCUCGAGCAGCGACUUGCCGAGGCUGCAAAACGCCGUGGUGCGCAGCGGAUUCAGACGCAGCAAGCAAAGGAAAUGCCCUCGCCACCCUCGACACCGCUUUCUUCCAAACCGUCGCUGGCUGAAAGACUUGCUGGCGCGACGAAGCAAGAUACCAAAGACUCGGACGAAUCCUCCUCGCGCACGAAAGAAACAUCCAAAGAGACAGGCGAAUUGAAGCGUGAGAACACUAGUGAGUUACAGCAUAUUGAAGAGCCGAACGCCGAGACUUCUGGUGCAAACAAAGAGCCCAGUCAAGAAAAGGAAACUAGCCACGCUGGAGAAAGGAAAACCAAGCAGCAUGAUAAGACUCAAGACUUGAGUGCUAGAAAACAGCCCAAUGAAGUCGAGCGCGGCAACGACCAGGAAGUCGGUGCGGUGAAGGAACUGCGUGACAACCAAAAAAACGCGAGCGUUGAGGAACUCGGUCAAACUGAGGAACCUAGGUUAGAGGAGAAAACGACUCGAUUUGCCGAAACCGUUGGAGCUAAAGAGCCCAGUGAUGCAAAACAACCGAGCAAUUUUGAAGAAAACAGUCAUGCCCUGGAGCCUAUUAAAGGGGAAGCAUUUAGUGAGUCAAAAGGGCCUAGCGAUGGAACCUCCAAAGAUUCCGCGGAGCAGAGCAAGGACCAGAAACCCAGAAAUGACAUGGAACCAAGUCUUGCCGGAAAAUUCAAUAAAGCCGAAGGGCCCUGUGAUAUGCUUGAACUUGACAGAGGGUCCGGCGAUGCAAAACCUGAACACGCCAAAGAGCCGAGCGAGACAAAAGAACCUCUUGAUACCAAAGAAGCGACGAAUCAAAGUCAUUCGGAUGAAUCUGGUGAGCCAGGCUCAACAAGUGAUACCAAUCGGAUGAACGAGUCUGAAUCUCUCUUGGAGCAUUCUCUCGAACCAAAGCCAAAUGCGUCGAGCGAAUCGACUGAAACAAGCGAACCAACAGGCACGACCAUCCGGUCAGAUAGGGUCGAUUCAAGUCAAGCGACCCCAACAGACCUUGCCGCCGAAUCUGCAGAGGAGCCAUCCACUAUCGCAUCGUCGUAG